CGGUUCUUCGAAAAAAUAAUAAGAGUCUCUGAUAUCUUGUUAGUUAGCAAUGUCAGUGUUAUUUACACGAUAGCUGCGCGCUUCUGCAACUGAGGCUAUUGCAGGUGGUCGAUGUGACACCAUGAGUGAAUUCAGGAUACAUCAUGAUGUCAACGAACUGCUCAGCCUCCUUCAUGUUCGAGGAGGAGAUGGGGCUGAGGUCUAUAUUGAUUUACUGCAGAAGAACAGGACUCCAUAUGUCACCACUACAGUGUCUGCACACAGUGCUAAGGUUAAGAUUGCAGAGCACUCUAAAACACCUGAGGACUUUUUGAGGAAAUAUGAAGAACUGAAGUCAAAAAAUGCACGCAACUUGGAUCCACUUGUUUACCUUCUUUCAAAACUCACAGAAGAUAAAGAGACCCUGAAAUGUCUGCAACAAAAUGCCAAGGAGAGAUCAGAGAUGUCUGCAAAUGCAACAUCAAGCAGCACAACAUCCUUCAGUAUUCCCACCACCAGCACCAAGAUGUCAAUGCAGGAGUUGGAGGAACUGCGCAAAAAGCUUGGGAAUGUAACAGCCAGCACCAAUGUUCCCCAGUCUGCUGAAGUUAUUCGUAAGAUGCUAAGAGACAGACACAACAAGAAGAAUCCCACACAGCCUAUUCCUGUGUUUCCAAACUGGGUGUAUGACAGACCUGCACUUAUUGGAGAUUUUAUGACCAGUCCUACACCAAUGGGGGAUCCAGUUGUGGCGAUUGGGACAAUGCCACUGCCUGUCCAGGAGCAGGCUCUGGUUGAAGACUUGCUGUACGUACUUAUUGGUGUGGAUGGAAGAGACGUCACAGCCCAGCCUGUGCUUGGCCGACAGAGUCGCUCCUUCAUAGUAGACCCUUCUCUGGACAUGUCUAUUAAGGAGCUGGUAAACCGGGUCUUACCAGUGGCAUCCUGUUACUCCACAAUCACACGCUUCACAGAGGAGAAGUCGUCCUUUGAGUAUGGCCAGGUCAACCAUGCUCUCACUGCUGCAAUGAGGACUUUGAUGAAGGAGUAUCUAAUUCUGGUGACCCAGCUCGAACACCUACACAGGCAGGGCAUGCUCUCCCUGCAGAAGCUCUGGUUCUACAUUCAGCCUACAAUGCGCACCAUUGAGGUCUUGGCCUCCAUUGCUACAUCAGUGGAGAAAGGAGAAUGUAUGGGUGGUUCAACAUUAAGUCUGCUCCAUGACCGCACUUUUAAUUACACUGGGGACAGCCAGGCCCAAGAGCUGUGUCUCUAUCUCACCAAAGCAGCCAGCGUUCCAUACUUUGAAAUACUAGAGAAGUGGAUCUACCGUGGAAUCAUCAAAGACCCUUAUGGAGAAUUCAUGGUUGAAGAACAUGAGCUUCAAAAGGAGAAGAUUCAGGAGGACUAUAACGAUAAAUACUGGGAUCAAAGAUACACCAUUGUGCAGCACAAAAUCCCAUCUUUCCUCCAAAAAAUGGCAGAUAAAAUACUCAGCACAGGGAAGUACUUGAAUGUUGUAAGGGAAUGUGGGCGUGAUGUGACCUGUCCAGAUGCUAAGGAAGUACUAUACACCUUAAAAGAGAGAGCAUAUGUGGAACAAAUUGAAAAAGCCUACAACUACGCCAGUAAGGUCCUUCUGGACUUUCUUAUGGAGGAGAAGGAGCUGGUGUCACGACUGAGGUCCAUUAAGCACUACUUUUUAAUGGACAAGGGAGACUUCUUUGUGCACUUCAUGGACCUCACUGAGGAGGAGCUGAAGAAACCCGUUGAUGACAUCAUCCCUCCUCGGCUGGAGGCUCUGCUGGAGCUGGCUCUUAGAAUGAGCACGGCCAACACAGACCCCUUUAAAGAUGAUCUAAAGAUUGACCUGAUGCCCCAUGAUGUCAUUACUCAGCUGUUGCGGGUGCUGGCCAUUGAGACUAAGCAGGAAAAGGCUAUAAUCAAUGCUGACCCUACUGAUGUGGCCCUAAGUGGCCUGGAGGCUUUCUCUUUUGAUUACAUUGUAAAAUGGCCACUAUCACUUAUAAUCAACAGGAAAGCACUGACAAGAUACCAGAUGCUGUUCAGACACUUGUUCUACUGCAAACAUGUUGAGAGACUGCUGUGCAAUUUUUGGAUCAGCAACAAGUCAGUCAAGCAGUACUCCUUGCACUCUGCUAAGUGGUUUGCUGGUGCGUUCGCUCUCAGGCAGCGCAUGCUGAACUUUGUGCAGAACAUCCAGUACUACAUGAUGUUUGAAGUCAUGGAACCCACAUGGCACGUCAUGGAGAACAACCUGAAAUCGGCGUCAAAUAUUGAUGAUGUGCUUUGCCAUCACACCAGUUUCCUGGAUAACUGUCUGAAGGACUGCAUGCUGACCAACCCUGAACUUCUAAAGAUCUUCUCUAAGCUCAUGUCUGUCUGCGUCAUGUUCACCAACUGUAUGCAGCGAUUCACCCAGAGCAUGAGGAUGGACAGUGAGAUGAACCGUCUGGAACAUGGAACCAUGGAGGGCCCUCCAACUCGGAAUGAACGCACUGAGGAAGCUGAAAAAAAGAAACUUGCCUCCAAAUUUUUAGCUGAGCAUGUGGAAUCCCUGCAGUCUGAUUCGAACUUUGAAGGCACGAUCAGUAAGUUUGACAGUAAUUUCAGCACACUGUUGUUGGAUCUGCUGGACAAGCUGAGUAUCUACAGCACCAACGACUGCGAGCACAGCAUGAUCAACAUCAUUUACAGGUUAGACUUCAAUGGAUUCUACACUGAGCGUCUGGAGCGGAUGGCUAUUGAGAGGAGCCAAAAAGCUGCUGCGUAAUAAUGCUAAGGACUUUUAUAAAGUGUGCAACAUGUUAUUCUUAUGGUAUGUUAAAAAUGAAAACUGUGUACCUAAUAAUAAACUAAUAUUAAUGUGUGUAACAUUACAAAACUUUUUUUUUACUGUACAGUUAAAGUAUUUGCUUGGCUGCGUGGUCAUUGUGUGCCUCUUUUGUGUUGCUGUUAAAUGCGUAGCCGUAAUGAGCGAGCUGUUCUCUCCUAAAACAUUGGAUCAAUGACUUCAGCCCUGGUUAUAUCAUGUGCGUUUUUCUUUAUUCUUUAUUUCAUGAAGUCAUUAUUUAAGGGGUAUGUACAAAGUCUUGUUGCUAUUACAAUGUGAAGGCAAUAAACCUCAGUGACAAAUCUGA